UUUUGAGUUUUGACACAUAUUUCCACUGGACAGAUUGUUUUCGACUUUUCGUUUCCAAACCGGGGGAAUGGAAAUCAACCACCUUGAUAGUAUCGGAUGACCUAUUUCUUUCGCGUUAUUCAGUUUGAAUCGUCUUCUUCGUUCGUGAAACAGAGUAGAUUAAGAUAUGGGCGAUCCCAAAGAGAGUGCAGAAUCUGGACAAGAUACAUCUGUUUUUCUAGCGAAAGACCAGCCCUUUGUUGGACAACACGCUCAAACCGAACAAUUGGACUGUGAUUCUCCCUUGAAAAUUGAUAGUUCAUUUCCCUCCUACAAUGGGAAUGCUACCAUCCGAACAGCUGAGCUGGUAGUUGAUGGCGAGGACCUUGAGUCGGAAUCCUUUCCAUGCCAACCCCAUCAAGAUGCUCCUUUUCCACUCUCUCCAGACAACAACGAACUAGGUCCAAUCAAACCUGAUAGAGAAUUUCUUGAUGCAGAAGUCACUGAUGGUGUGAAAUCUGAAGCCCAUGAAGCUAUCGAUUCUAAGAUAGAUGCUGACGAGUACUCGAUUGUACCCAUUAGUUAUGUUGAAGUUGCUGAACACCAUGACCGGCAUUCUGAGCCCUCAACAGAUGCACCCAUUUCAGAUUCCUCAGAUCCUACAAAACAUGUUGUAUAUGGCCAAGAUGAUCCAAGCAAGGUCACUGCAGAUACCAAUACAGAGGCUCAUGAAGUGGCUACACAUGCCAAAUUGGAGGCUUGUGAACUGGCUGCGAGGGCCACUACCCAAAUUUAUGAACCGGUGGAGGAUACCAAAAUUGAAGCUUAUGAACCAUCUGCCAAAACAGAGAGUGGUGAAGCAGCAAAAAAUGCCACACACAAGCUUUGCCAAUCAACUAGAAAUAACUGCUUACCCACUUUAGAUGCCAAAACUGAGGCUUCUGAAGUACACAAAUCGUUGGCGUCUGAAGGACCUAGUACUCCCAAUAGAGGAUCGUAUGAUGUGAAAAAUCAAAUUGAGCUCAGGAGAGAGCUGAGUAACGGGGUCAAUAUAAUGGAGAUCUCUACAACCACUAACAAUGGACACUCAAGCUCCAAGUAUUCAUUUCUUUUUGACGAAAAUUACAUGAUUGAUGGUAGCGAAUCAGGAACAGAGGAGGAGCAAUCAGCAUUCAUGCAGGAGCUGGAUAAAUUCUUUAGGGAGAGGAGCAUGGAAUUUAAGCCUCCUAAGUUCUAUGGAGAAGGAUUGAAUUGUCUUAAGUUGUGGAGGGCUGUUAUGAGGUUGGGUGGAUAUGAUAAGGCAUGCUUACUUUACAUUUCAUUAUCUUUUUCAUACAAUUUGCUUCAUACUACUAAGGUUACUUCGUGUAAAUUAUGGAGGCAAGUGGGAGAGUCCUUCAAACCUCCAAAGACAUGUACUACAGUUUCAUGGACAUUCCGAGGGUUCUAUGAAAAGGCACUCCUUGAUUAUGAAAGGCAUAAGACACAAGGAGGUGAGCUUAGUAUGUCUGUCUCCGUUGCUACCCAUUCUGAACCUAUGAAUGUUGACAGCCAGGCUGCAGGAUCCGGCAGGGCACGGCGGGAAUCUGCAACGCGUGCCAUGCAGGGUUGGCACUCACAACGCCUUCUCGGUAAUGGUGAAGUUAGUGACCCUAUAAUUAAGGACAAGAAUUCUAUUUCCUUACAGAAGCGGGAGAAACAGCAGAAGAACCUGGUUGGUGCAGGUUUGCUUAAACGUAAAAAGCCUUCUACUUAUGUGGAAAAUUCUGCCAAAGCUGCACGAGUCAAAACCACCAAACCACAAUUGGAUAUAGCAGUGGUUGAUGUUGGACCUCCCGCUGAUUGGGUGAAGAUAAAUGUACAGAAGACUAAAGAUUGUUUCGAGAUAUAUGCUUUAGUUCCAGGGCUGCUUCGUGAGGAGGUACGAGUUCAGUCAGAUCCUGGGGGCCGCCUAGUUAUCAGUGGGGAACCAGAGCAUACUGACAAUCCCUGGGGUGUCGCACCUUUUAAAAAGGUUGUUAGUUUACCCUCAAGGAUUGAUCCACAUCAGACGUCUGCUGUGGUUACCUUGCACGGGCAGCUAUUUGUUCGUGUUCCAUUCGAACAAUCUGAGUAGUCUCUUAGGAGGUUAGGCAUGAAGCCAACAACUCUGGCGAAAGUUUGUAUUCACGUCUCCAGUUUUGUAUUAUGUUGCACCAAUAUUUUCUGAUUAAUUACAGUUUGGCAAUGCUCAUGGAUCAUUUGUCGAAAAGUUAUUGUCGAUCUUUAUCAUACAACUAUCGUAUGCCUUCUCUAAUUUGGUAAUAUGGCUCUCAGACACAAUCAGCAGUUACUGCCAGCCUUGUUCCUUGCGUUUUGGAAUAAAUCCCCUUUUUGUUUGGGGCUGCAUUUGGUAA